CCCCCUGCUGCCCGUAGCCGUAGCCGCGAACCGCUCACUGCUCGCGCCCCGUGCAUGCUCCCCUCGCCGUCCCCCGACGACAGCCCGACGACGACGACGAUCUUCCUCCCCACGCCGCUCGACGUGUUCCGCCAGACGAAUAGCCAGAUAACGAAGACGAAGACGGAGGACAUGGACAUGGAGUUCGCGCUCGACACCGACCACAGAAAACGCCGCCGCAACCGCACGACGCAGAGCUGCCUCAACUGCCACACCUCCAAGCGCAAGUGCGACCGCAAGCGCCCGUGCCAGCGGUGCAUCCAGCUCGGCCUGACGGGCCUGUGCGUGUACGAGAUCGACGACCCGGCGCUGCGGGACGACCCGUCGAUCGACGAGAGCACGCGUUUAAGGAACCGCAUCGCGGAGCUGGAGAGCCUCGUCCGCGAGCUGCGCGGUAUGUCUUUUCGCCUUAUCGUUUCUUGCGCCACAUCACAAUUGGCCGCCCACAUCGCACGCUCCCGCCUUACCACAUCCCUCCACUAUUAUACUUACCUCCCGUCAUGCGUCCCUUAUCCUCCAUUACAUCACUCACUCCCACCCCCAGGCAAACCGCACCCGCGCUGGGCCGACGCCGCGCUGCGCGACGGCGACCCCGCCGAGAAAUGGCACUCGCGCGCGUCGAAGCACUGCCCGCCCCCGGCGAAGCGGCGCCUCUCCUCCCCGGGCCUCUCCUCCGCCUCGGCGCACCUCUCCUCCUCCUCGGCGCACCCGCCGGCGGCGACCAUCCACCCGCAGCGCACGCUGCUCCCGCCGAUCAAGACGGAGGACACGGGCGCGGGCGGGGGGCUGUACCGCUUCAGCGCGUCGCCCCCGCCCGCGAGCGCGCCGCCGCGCUUCUUCGGCGUCGGCGCCGGCGCCGGCGGCGAUCACGACGCGCUCGACGAGUACUGCGCGUGCCGCGGCGGGCCGGCGGUCGCGGGCCUCGCGGGCGCGCUCGACGGCGCGAUGGCCGCGCACAGCCAUAAUCGGUGUGUCGUGUACCGACGCAUGGCCGAGCUCGCGCGCGUGCUGGGACCCGACACGUACGACCUCCCGCCCGUGUCCGCGCUCGACGACGGCGGCGCGCCGGGCACCGCGUCGAGCGCGGGCUCGCACCCCACGCCGGGCACGGGCAGCAACACGCUGCUCUCCCCGCUGUCGCCCGCCGCGUCCUUCGCCGGGGCCGGGCCGCUCGCCGGCCCCGGGUCGCCGCACUCCUCCGCGUCGGCGUCGGCGUCCGUGUCUGGCGGCGGCUCGCCCGCGUUCCACACGCACGGCCCGCCCGGCGCCGGGAACGGCAACGGCAACGGCGGCAAUGGGGGCGGCGGCGGGAGCCCGGCGGGGAGCCCGGGGGAGUGGAGCGGGUACGGGGGGUACUUCCCGCAGGACAUGGGCGGGUACGCGAUGAUGCCGGUGGGCGUCGGGAUGGGGCUCGGGCUGAUGAUGAACGGCCAUAAUGGGCAUGCGCACCAGAUGCACGGCCAGCAUGCCGGGGGGCAGCACCACCAACACAGCCAGCAUGGACAUCAUGGCGGGCAUGGCGCGCACCACGGCGCGCAUGGGCACGGGAUGCCGGUGUAUGGGCACGGGACGCACGUCAUCGGGUAG